AUGGACGAAGCUCGGCGAAGUGCAGCUACGUGCAAUUUCGAGACCGCGUCGGCCCAGCCCAAGCAGCCGUCGGGGCAGUGUCUGCUGAGACUGACCCAUGACCUCAAGAACAUCAUUGAGAACCCUGUGCCAGGUAUCUUCGUCGAGCCCGAAAAAGGCGACAUCACCUACGUCCACGCCGUCAUCGUGGUACCCGACAACACGCCGUGCCAGGGAGGCUUGUUCCAUUUUGUGCUGAAGUUCCCCCUCAACUACCCAGACUGUCCACCGCGGGUACGCUUCAUGACGACCGACGGCGGAAGGGUGCGCUUUCAACAGGAAACUGCUACAGCAGUGGGCUCGUCUCCCUCAGCAUUCCGGGCACGUUUCACGGACCCUCGUCGAACCCAGAGAUGA